UGUGAAAUAGCUAAAUAAUCUUGAUUUCAUGUGCUUCUUAUAAGACACCACUCGGUCAACUGUCAAACAAUCGGAACAUAUGUCAAUGUAGAAAAGAACGUUCAUUGGUUCAGCUUAGAACACAAGUUGAAUAAUUGCAGUGACGGCUUUUGAUGAUAAUUUUUUUUUUGCCAAGAUUUCCAACACCUCCAAUCCAAAUUGAUCCAGUGCUAAUUAUGAAUGAAAGUGAACAAAUACCAUUGAAUUGUACAGCUUGGCAGUACCUUUAAAUCACUUUUAUGUUAGAAAAUAGUUGAACAUUUCACAAUGUCAAUGGGUUCGUUUCAUGCAAUACAAUCAAUGGAACUGCGGCGCAAGCUUCAAUGCUUGUGUUGUUAGUCAUUUACUAUCAAAACAACACAAAAUUGACAUUCUCUCUCUAAACAUUUUUUUCCAUUGCUCACAAUCAUCGAAUGGAGAAAAAUGCAAUUUUAAGAGAAACAUCUGUGCAGGAAAGGAUUUUUUUUUUCAUCGUCGUAACACAACAUCGGUGACGAGUUAGUUGUUUUUUGUUUGUUUAUUUGCAUUUGGCAUUGUAAAUGUCAAUCAAAAAACAAAAUCGCGUCGAUUGGUUCUGACUAAAUAAACUAGAGGAUAGUGGUAUAAUAUUCUGUGUGCGUUUCUUUUUUCUUACGUGCUUUGCUCGCUAGUUUGCAAUGUAUUUAUUUAUAAUGCUGUGUUGACAGUGACAUAAUAAAGAGAAUCGGUUACGAUUGUAAAUGAGAAAAGAAAAUGUAAAAAAAAACUCUGUUAAAAAGUUUGAAUAAUUCUAUCCCUCAAAAACAAACAAAAUAUACUUGAUUUGCCAAUCGAUUCGAGGAAGUCGAAGUGAAGUGUUUGUGUUGCAAAAUUUGAAUUGAAAGCACUGCAUUCGAAUACGGUCGAUAUCAUGGAAGGAAUGUUUUCUCGGUUAAAAACAAAAGUGUUGAACGCUGUCAAUUUGGAUAUACCAAGUAUACCAGCACAUGUGAAUCAAAGUAGCGGCACAGUCACAUCCGCUGAAUCCUCGUCAUCAACCACAUCAUCAUCGUUGUUAUCGUCGUCGUCAUCAUCGUCCGUUUCCGCGAAUCGUCAUGUUGACAAUCGAACAUUGCCGAAUAAAUUCACGUACAAUCGUCCAACAUUCCUACAGUUAAUGACACAGGAUGAGUUACGUGCGUCCGCUGAUCACAAUGUACGACCAAUUAUCGUGCCUCGGGAUAUAUCGAUAAUGCCGUGGAAUACGGGCUAUGCGGAAUGCGUAAACUCAGGUAAAUCGGAAUGGAACGAGGAUCAGGCGGCAUUUUAUCGACAAAUUUUAACACAUCCUACAAACAAAGAUGAACCUGGUCUACCUUACACCUAUUUUGGUAUAUUCGAUGGUCAUGCUGGAUUUGGAGCCGCUUUAGCAGCCUCACAUCAAUUCCAUUAUAUUUUGCAUGAGAAGCUAGUGGAUGUAAUCGAUCUCUUGGUCACUUCGGAUAGGCAACCGUCGGGACAGCGUUCAAAAUCAAUCGAUAAUAUUCCAUAUCCGAUGGCAUUUUAUCGGAACGUUUCAAAGGAUGAGCUUAUCAUCGGUGCUUUGGAGAGUGCAUUUCUAGAAAUGGAUGCUUUGCUGGCCGGAGAUCGAAAGAAAUAUCGAAAUGCUGGCGGUUGCACCGCUUUAGUUACACUAUUUAUUAACGGUAAAUUGUUUGUUGCGAAUGCAGGAGAUUCAAGAUCUAUUCUAUGCCAACGCUUGUUGGCCACUGAAUCGUUGGUGACCGAUGGCUCAUUGAAUGGAAGUAUAGAUCAUGGCACAAGUGAGCAAAGCGAUUCAAGUGCAAUUAAAAAUGGUAAUGAGAAUGGUGGUGUUGAUCAAGAUAAGAAAUCAUGGCACGUAUUCCCAACACCAUUCUCAUACGAUCAUACACCGGAAACCGAACGGCCACGUCUCAUGAAUACAGCUCAAUUGAAUCCAUAUUUAAUGGCCGGUGAAUAUGUAGCGACUGAGUACGCCAAACGGCCCAUGCAACGUGAUUUAGGCAAGCGUGUACUGUAUCGACAUGGUUCAAUGGUUGGAUGGGCGUAUAAGACUCUCACAUUUGACGAUUUAAAGAUACCAAUUGUGACGGGUGAAGGCAAACGAUCCAGAUUGAUGGGAACAAUAGGUGUAACACGUGGCUUUGGCGAUCAUGAUCUCCGUGCCCUAUGCACUGGCCUAUCGAUAAAACCAUUUUUAUCGCCGCAUCCGGAAGUGAUUUCACGCGAUCUAACAAAAGUUCACACCUGUCCCGAGGACACAAACGAAGACGGUGAAUAUGGUAUUUUAGUGAUGGCGACCGAUGGUUUGUGGGACGUUUUAGAUACGGAUACAGUCAGUAAAAUGGUAUUCAAUACGCUCAACAAAUAUCCAGUGGAGAAGCAUCGUUAUACCAUGGUUGCACAAGAAUUGGUCGCAAAAUCACGUGGACGUGCCAACGAAGCGGGUCAUUGGCGUUUAGCGGAGAGCAAAGCGGCCGCCACAGUUGACGAUAUCAGUGUUAUAGUGAUUCCAGUUUAUCAAUAUUAUAAAGAGUAUGUUGAGUGGAAAACUGGAUAUUUGCAUCGCAAACAAAACCUCAAUUCGGACGAUAAAUUGCCCGAAGAACACAAAAUUCAAACAGAAAACAGCGCUGGUCUUGCCACACCAUUUGAUGCACUCUCCGUCAAAACUGACAGUAUUUGUGAAGCUGAAGAAGCUAAAGUUGAAAGCGAACCCAGUGCAAAUCAACAAAAUAAAACACAUCAACCCGACGAAAGUAAUGCGGAGCUGCAUGUGAACGGAAAACAGGGAGUCGACAAUGAUAACAAACCAAUGUGAAAUUCCCCAAGGAAAAUAUAAUGUACGAAGUUCUAUGCUGUCUCUACCAUAUGGAUGAUUCAUAAACAGACUUUGUAUGUACCAAUUUUAACCGAACUAGCUGCUUGACUUCUCUUGAUGUUCCGUUGACUAAUAGAACGCAUUAAUAAACCAUUUUUUUAGGUACAAUAUUGGAUAACUAAAAGCGAUAAGCUGUAUUAUGUGUCAUAUGGCUAUCUAAUCGUAUUUACGUUUGUGCAUUUUAUUUCUAGUUUAACGAACGAAACCAUUUUGCGGGGCUUCGAUCUCCAUGAAUUUCACAUAUUUACUAUAGCAUACGAUGGGUCUGUUUCAUUAAUUAUUCACAUGGAUAGCAAGCAGUAUAAUGUUCGAAAACUGAAUACUACGAUCAAUUCCGCGUCAUCUCUAAUAACAAGUAACGCAUGGCACGAGAUUUACCUACAAUUCUGGGUUCAAAAUCAUUCAAAAUUGUAUUACUAAUUUCUAAGUUAUUAUUUAAUGUGCAAUUUCAUAUUUUGGCACCAUCCCAAAAAAAAACAAUAGCAACAACAACACAACAAACACAAACUCAAUAGCAAAGAAGAGAGAAAAUUUUAAAACUAUUCACCUUUUAGAUUGAUAUAGAAAAAUUCAUUUUAGUUAUUCAAAUCGACGAUAUUUAAUCGUCUUUUCCUGCCGAUAAGCAUAUGUAUUUAACUCUGUUAAAUGUCAAGUGGUUUAUAAUUUCAAUUUGAAAUUUUCAAAUAAACUAAAUCAGCAUGAUCAUUUCAA